AUGCUCACCAGCUCUGUCGUGGCUCUCUUGCUCGCCGCGAGUGCGGCCGCAAUGCCGAUCGAGAGCCCCAUCGAGGUGAUGCGGCGGUCCGCGUCACCGGGAGUCGUCUACACCAAGUGCAGCAAGCCCGGCGUCCUGGCCCUGGCAUACGACGACGGCCCGUACCAGUACACGUCGGAGCUGGUCGACAUUCUCGACAAGGCCGGGGCCAAGGGCACCUUCUUCUGGACCGGCACCCUGUACGGUUGCAUCUACGGCCAGAGCGCCGCCGUCAAGAAGGCCUUUGCGUCGGGCCACCAGAUCGCCUCGCACACAUGGACGCACCCGCACAUGGGCAGCAUGGGUGCCGCGCAGAUCACGCAGGAGAUGCAGAAGGUGGAGCAAGCGAUGGUGAAUCUGAUCGGCAAGAAGCCGGCGUACAUGCGGCCGCCGUACCUGGAGACGAGCGGGCAGUUCCUGCCGACGAUGAAGACGCUGGGCUACAAGGUCAUCACCGACGACGUCGACGCGGGCGACUGGAACAACCAGACCCCGCAGCAGAGCGAGCAGCAGUUCUCGGCGGCUGGCACCGGCGGCAACGGCCACAUCCCCCUCAUGCACGAGACCUACGAGGGCACCGUGCGGACCCUCACCCCGUGGCUGAUCAACUGGGCCAAGACGAAUGACCUCGCGAUUGUCACUGUCGCCGAGUGCCUCGGCGACCUCGAUGGGAUGUACCAGCCCGGAAACUUCAGCGGCAACGGCGCUACAGCCUGCUGA